UGCUGGUCGCUGGGGGUCAAACAGCACUGCGCAUGCGCAGAUGUCCCUUUUUUUCGGUUCGGAGACUGAAAUCUGUCAGAUCAGCGGAGCUUCAGCCUACAUUCACCCUAAUACCUCCUAAUAUUUCACUGUACUUUCUAACCCUAGUCUGCGCUGGAGACUUACAUCUAGCUUCAGGUGUUCAUCAGGUUUUUGGACUGUAACUUUUCGACGUCUGUAGCCGAAAGAAAACAGCAAAGAAUGACGAGCACUUUAAAGCGGAAAGAAGAAAGUCAUCUGCUGAAUGGGGGUGUAAAACAGCCCACAUGGAGCAAAGCCUUCAACAGUACUGCUGUCUGGGAGGAGAAGGACGAGUUUUUAGAUGUGAUUUACUGGCUACGGCAAAUUAUUGCAAUAAUCCUUGGUGUGAUAUGGGGUGUCGCACCGUUGAAAGGAUUCCUGGGAAUAGCCAUAUUCUGCAUCAUCAACGCUGGCGUCCUGUAUGUAUACUUCAGCAGCUUUCAGCAGAUUGAUGAGGAAGAGUAUGGUGGCACGUGGGAACUCACCAAAGAAGGCUUCAUGACAUCUUUUGCUCUGUUUCUGGUCGUGUGGAUAAUCUUUUACACAGCUCUACAUUUUGACUGAGAGGAACCCAUAGGACACUAAAUACGAACAUUUCCGUUGAAGUAAAUUGUCAAGACAGAGGAACUCCAUGGCUUGAGGGGUGUCAAUGCUCCUACAUACAGUAUGACUUUUCAGUGUGCAGCUCAUCAUGGGAAUUCUAGUUCGAUGAACAAGAUCCUGCAAGACCACCGUGAUGAACAUGUUCAAACAAUGUACAUCUCUUCUAAUUUGGGGGUUCCUUUUUUAAGGCACCCGUCAUUACACUUCCCAUGUUUAUAUUUCCUUCCUCACUUCCAUCGUCAUCACCUAAAACACUAACGAAUAGUUCAGCUGAGAUUGGUUGCAGGAAGGGAACUUUUAUGUAAAUCACAAUAGGGAUUCUUUAGUAUUUGUUGGUUUACUCCAGGACCUUUCUUCUGUUUCAGAAGAGUGACAUGAACGCAGAUUUUUAGACUGUAAACAACCAGUAUGUGCACUCAUCCCAGUUGUUGACAAAGUGUCAUCGUGUAGUUGUUGGGGUUCAAUCAGUCCAUGAGUGUGAAGUGUUACCUUUUUUAAUUUAGGGACAAAACGCACUACAUUGGAUGUAUCAAACUACCAGUAAAGGAUUGUUCAUGUGGCUUCACUGUUAAAUCAUCACUCUGAAAUGUCACUCCAAAAUGAUAUGUUUGCCUUUUUAUGCAAAUAACCUGAUAAAUUACUAAAAUUAGUAAAAUAAUUAGUUAAAAAGUGGCAUGGCAGUAAAGCACAUUAUAUAUUAUUAUUAAGGUUACCAGCUACAGUAUGUGUCUGUCAUGUUUUCGAAAUAUUGAGCGGUGACUCAGAGCUUCCAUGUUUUUUGUUCUUUUUUGCUCACUGGAUAUAAACAUAGCAUUUUUGAAUAAAAUCUGUCAAUUGUAAUUUCUUCUAAAGGGUCUGGUGUCCAACAAAUGUGAAAGGUCGUAGCCAACCACAGCUGAAAUAUCACUCGUGCUAAUUUUAACAUCAAAAACAAAUGCUGGUUGGUAAGAUACACAUAUCAGCUGAUAUCCAAUCCCGCUGACAGUAUCUGUGUGUCGUAUGAACGACAGGAUCUAAUAACCAUCUAAAUUAUCUGUCCAAUCCAAAUUAUUUUCUCAAAGCAAAGAGGGAGGAAACAUGCAUGCCGUUUUCAGAUGCAAAUGUUCACAGAUUUAAGCUAAAAACUGGUCUGUGCACUGCCAUGACUUACUGUUCGUACAUCUAGAUGUCAUUUAUUAGUGGCAUUAGCUAGGAGGGUAGAAAUAAUUUAAAUUUUAUUACUUUAUUCUCACACGUAGCUUCGAGAUCAAAGUCUUACCUGUUGUUUUGAAAUUAAUUUAAAUUUGUCUGUAAAUUAUGUACAAUGUCCCUUUUGUCAAACCCACCUUGUAUUACACAAAUUUAUUUGUACUUAUGUUAUAUCUUAUUUGAUGUAACAUAUAUCUCAGUAUUUUAUAGUGAAGAACUUUUAAAAGCAGUUCUUGCAAAGUUAUUGUAAUGAUAUGAUGUAAGGAUUGUAUUUUCUGAUCAAAUCUUUUGGGAAUCAUUAAACAUGGGCUUUAUUUGGCCUCCAUUUUCAAAGA